UGGAUGUGAAGAUACACCAUUAGUAACUGCUAAAAAAGAGAACGCAUUAGAAUUGAAUAGUCAUAAUAAUGCCAGCAUGCAUCACACUUUCACUAUAAUAAUACUUUACUGCUACUGCUACUGCUACCACUUCCUUACCCUUUGUGUUUGUGAGAGAAUUCUGAGUUUGAGUGCAUACUACUACAAACCGCUUCCCUUACCUUUCUUACUUCCUUGAUCUUGUGAACAUGGCUGCUGAACUUGUUGGAGGAGCUUUCCUCUCUUCUUUUCUCAAUGUUCUUUUCGACCGGAUGUCCGAUCCUGUGAUUGUCAACUGGAUCCAAGGAAAGAAGCUUGACCGGAAGCUGCUCGGAAGGUUGAAGACCACUCUGCGUGGUGCUGAAGCCCUGCUGAAUGAUGCUGAGAGGAGACAAAUCAAAGAAGGGCCGGUGAAGGUUUGGCUGGAUGAUCUCAAAGAUGCUCUUUAUGAGGCUGAUGAUUUCCUUGAUGAAAUCACCACCAAAGCUGCAACUCAGAAGGAUCCAGGCAGGAACUUCUGAGCCAUAUCUUUUAAGUAAGUUUUGAGUAGUAUUAUAUGGCCGUUACUUUCAGGGAUUUUGGCCAUAAAUAUAUAAACUACAUACGCCAUAGAAUGUUUAUUAGAAGGUUAGAGUUUUGAGUAGUAUUAUAUGGCUGUUACUUUCAUAUUCACUAUAUUGUUUCUAUUAUCAGAAAUCGAU